GCAACAAACUACAAUUCCCAAGCCAGCAACAAAAACUUUCGUCCUCCUGCUUCCCCUCCUCCACCUCCUCCUCCUCCUCCCAACUCUCUAAGAUCUUUCUCACUUAAUCAUCAUUAAGCUUUCUAAUUAGUCAAGCUUAAUCACAAAAUUAAGAUCAUCAUGACGAACCAGUUGGAGAGCUUGGUGGAGUCGAUCAAAUCGAAAGUUCGAGCGCUGAAGAAGAAGUCGAAGAAGCCGUACAUAAAGAUGGACAAAAGCUCCAGCGUCAAGGUCGAGAUCCGCAGCAAAAAGGCCCGCAAGCUCAUUGACAAAACCCUCCAGGCCGCCGACCGUCCCGGCAAGCGCCCCAUUCCUUAAUUUUUCCAGUUAAUUAGUUAAUCAUUAUAUGAUUUGAAAUAAGUACAUUUCUUCUGUUAUGUACCAUGUAUUUGCUUUGUGUAAAUCUAUGAGGAAAAAAAUGGGGUGGGAGAGAUAGGUAGGCUGAUUAGUCCUUGUUAAAAAAAAAAAAAAAAAAAAGAUAACUGGUAGCAAGCCACGGUUAUCUACCUUUCCGGAUUUGGAGAUGUUAUUAGGAAAUAUUUGUUUUUUUUUUGUAAUAUUUUUGGUUUGGCUGCCGAUUCUGUGUUUUGUAACCGUUUCGGAUUGUCUUGGAUUUGAAAGCAAACGAACAAUGUUUGGUUUGGUUUA